AUGAAGAUAUCUAGUUCACUCUGCCAGAGGUGCGCAGUCCUCCAGUUCAAUGACGACGAACACGGCCGCGUGGCACAAGGCCCAUGGGGCAAGCCCGUGGUUAUCUUUGAUAAAUGUGAUCGGGAUCCUUCAAAGGAAUGCAUUCUCCUGGAUUAUUAUCUUUUUGACAAUUUGCCCAAUCUUCCUGUCAUGUCGGCCUCUACUGCAUCGGGAUGUGGCAUGUGCCUUGCCAUGCGUGAGAAGAUAGUCCAAUUCGAACGCAGAGCAGAUCCCAAGCACAAGAGCGUGUUGAUCUACAAGUUUUCCAUUUGUUACAAGUCUUAUCCCCAAAGACCGUCCCAUGAGGGCUUUUCUACAAUGUCACAUCUUGCCGUUCAUUUCAAAUUCAAAGGGGAUCGGGAUGACGACAAAUCCGUAUAUACAGUCAGCUUUGAUUUGCAGGCUGACAUAGGUGACCCAUGCAGAAGCUGGCUUCGCAUUCAGAGAGCACCUGUAUUUCAUCCUCUCUCUGAUAAAGGCCGGGCCCAGUUACGCAAGCUGGCAAAGAAGUCAUACAGAUUAUCCAGAGACCCACAUCUUCCUACUCGCGUGAUAGAUGUUGGCUGUUGGCUGACUCGUUCAAAGAUGCGCCUAGUGGUCAACCAAGGGUCCCACAAAUGGGCAAACCGAGGCAAAUACCUUGCUCUCAGCUAUUGCUGGGGCAGUGAGAAAUAUGCAGCAAUGCGGCUCAAGACAACUAAAGCGUCAUUACGUGAACAUAUGAAAGAAAUUAAAAUGGAAUCGUUGCCUAAAACAGUCUCUGACGCGGUCCUCGUUUGCCGGGCAUUACGCGUGCGCUAUCUCUGGGUGGAUGCAUUAUGCAUUGUACAGGACAGUCAGGAUGACUGGGAGAUAGAAUCAGCUAAGAUGGCAGAAAUAUACGAGAACUCGUAUUUUACCCUGUGUGCCUUGCAGGGCAAUUCAUGCCAAAGCGGAUUUCUCACUCAGCCACGGCGACACCUUAUCAAAGUCCCUUUUCAGUCAACUUUAAACCCAUCGAUAUCCGGGUUUUACUACAUACACCACGUCACUGGGUACUACGAUGAAGAGUAUGACAAGUCUCCGCCUGAAGGCCCUUCUCAAUACCCACCUCCGUCAAAAUUUCUCGGUCUUGGAUAUCUUAAAGAAUCCGCCUUCGACUGCGAUCUGAAAGAAAGUCAAUGGAACACUCGUGGCUGGACGCUUCAAGAAGCGUUGUGUAGCCCUCGUCUACUCCUUUUCGGCACACGAAUGGUGCAUAUGCUUGACGUGCAAUUUCGGCGCUCACAGGAUAUGUCAUUCGAUGAUAUGUGUCAGCCCUGGGGCCAAAAUUUCCACAUAGAUAGAGAACACCGCGAAAGUUCCUUAUCUCCGGAUGGAUGGCGCUGUAUGAUUGAAGAAUAUUCCACUCGCCAAUUCUCUUAUUCGCGUGAUACAAUACCAGCAAUAUCCGCAUUGGCUAGGAAAUUUUCAUCACAGACGGAGGGCAAAUAUUUGGCCGGCAUUUGGAGUGACGAGCUUGAGACUGACCUUCUCUGGGUCCCGAAAGGAUUGACAACAUUAGCGUCCUUCCUGACACCUCCAAAGGAGUAUUUGGCCCCCACGUGGAGCUGGGCAUCCCAGUCCAAUCCGGUCAGUUGGCCUGAACUUUGCACCCUCAAACCUGAAUAUCAAAUCGCAUCUAUGGGGACAACGACGGGCCGGGAUCGAUAUGGGAAAGUGCACAGUGGCUUCAUCUCACUGCGGACCAAACUUGUUCGGUUACCUUCAUCUACAAAGAUGCAUCGCCGCCGAAAAGCGAGCCUUGGCGUUGACUUUCCUUAUGAACUUACAUCAGACGAUGGAGAGUACCUUGCCCAUCUUCGCUUCGACUGGACAGAUCAUGCAACUAAUGACGAUAUUCUCCUUGAAGCAGGACAGGAAAUUGCCCAGUUGUCCCUGGUUCUAAUCUCUAGCUAUUUUUGCGCACACUACGAACCGAGAUAUUAUCAUCUUGUUGGUUCAUGGCGCAUGUUGGGCUUACUUGUGCUACCGACAGAGACAUCUGGCAACUAUCGAAGAGCAGGAAUUUUCCUCUGGAGAACUUGCGCGUCGGGAGGCUUAGAGCUCUGGGAUGAUAUUGAAACGACUACUAUUACGUUGGUAUAG